AUGCGCACAGGGGAAGACUUUGGCGCCCUCCUUCAGUUUCUGGAAAAUACAGAUGAUGUUGGAAUUGAUGGGUGCAGCCCCCUGGAUGCGACUGCAAAAAUGGACGCUAUAAUGCGCGCAGGGGAGGACUUUGACUACCUCCUUCAGUCACUGGAAAAUCUUGAUGAUGGUGGAAUUGAUGGGUGCAACCCCCUUGGAGCAUCUCCAUCUCAUUCUGCAUCUCCAUCGCCACCUUCACCUUCCAGUGCACCCGCAGAGCACGACUCUAACAUCCACCCUCAGCCAGUGCAAAGUCCGGCUGAUAGUGGAUAUGGUGAAUGGAGCCCCUUUGGAGCAUCUUCAUCUCCGCCUCCACCUCCUGUUGUCCCUGCAGGGCAAGAAUCUGACAUCCACCCUCAGCCAGUGAACAGUCAGGUUACUGGAGGAUAUGACGGGUGCAACCCGCUGGGAGAAGCUCCACUUAUGGCUGCUGCAGGAGUGAACACUGUACAUGCUGCUCCUAUCCAGCAAACGCAAGCUGUGAUGCAGCCAGGUCACCUGCACAACCAGGGACAGUAUGACAAUGUACCAGUUGUGACACUACCACAAGACCUGACCCAGAACCUGUGUCCUGUUGGAGUAUUUAAUGGAGAGAUGGUCUAUGGGAUUCCAGCAGGCUCUUCAAACUCUGCUUCUCCUCUACCGCCACUAAACACCUCCAUUUCAAACAAGAGAAAGCGUGACGACUCACAGGACGACCGUCCACAUAUCAAGAAGCCACUGAACGCCUUCAUGUUGUACAUGAAGGAGCAGAGGCCGAAGUAUUCGGCUGAAAUGCACAGGAGUGGAACUGCGACAGUGAAUGCUUUCCUUGGAGAGAAGUGGAACGCACUGUCCACAGAGGAGAAGGAAAAAUACUUUGAAGAGGCUCAUAGAGAGAAGAAGCUCCAUGAGGAGAGAUACCCAGAAUGGUCAAGCCUUGAUAACUACGUAUGUACACUCUGCUGA